UGAGGCGGUGUUCGGCAGCACGUGCUCAUCAAAACAAAACAGACAAACGUUUGCGGCGAAAAUCGUGCCAUGUUUUCGUGAAAAUCCAGAGAAUAAUUAGCUCACCGGAGAAACCAGAAACUGCUAGAAGAGAGAGAAAACACAGCGAGAAGAGAAAUUCGUUUUUUUUUUUACUGGAAUACAUAGCGAGUUUUCGGCUUCUGAGAACAGCUCUAGGGAGAUGAAGGAGGGAAAUGGACACAUCGUCACCCUUCCUGGCCAGAGGAUAUGCGAGGCGACCAGUAGUCAUGUGGCAGGGGAGGGAAGUUACAUAUUCAACAAGUACAUCUACGCAUCCCAGGCUGGGAGGGUGAUCGUGGAACCAAGGGGAGGUCUGCAGGUGGUGAAGGUGUCUUUAGGACUGCAAGGGACAGUAAUGCCAGAAGUUGGAAGUAUCGUCACAUGCCGAGUCCUCACGGUGAAUCCAAAUCAGGCCUCCGUAUCAAUUCUCUGUGUGGGAUUCCAUCUGCUGCAUACUCCAGUGUCAGGAACAGUCAGGAAACAGAAUGUUCGUGAUCAUCAAAUCGACUUGGUGGAGAUGUACAACUGUUUUAGACCCAACGACAUUAUCCUGGCAACUGUGCUUUCUCUCGGUGAUGUAAGAAAUUACGAACUGUCGACUGCUGGCACGGAAUUAGGGGUUGUCACAGCCUAUUGUGAGGAAGGGCAUCCUCUUGUUCCAGCUUCGUGGACACGGAUGAAGUGUAAAUGCCGUUCUGAACAAAGAAAAGUAGCAAAAGUUGUUCCACCGAAAAACAAUUGAAGUAUUUUUGUCUUUGUUAAUUUUUUAUUAUUUUAAAAAGGAUUUUGUAUUUUUUUUAUGGAAACUCAUUAUGAAUUAUGAAAUAUUUGAAGUGCUUGAUUAUUUUAACUUUGUUUUUUAUCAAAGACAUAUGUGUAGACCUAGUUGAUAAAUAAAGAUUUUCAUUGUG